AGCGUCGACGCAAAGACGCCGUGACCAUGAUGGACCUCUUCAAGUCGCUCCUCGGCUUCGACGACUGGACGGGCAAGCCCCACAAGUUCUGCUCCGCGCACACGGUCGUCGUCCUCGGCGGCCUCGGUGUGCUCAUCCUCGCCGAGGUGACCGAGCGCUUUACGUUCAAGCUCAUGCUCGACCGCAUGGAGUCGUACCGGUACUUUCUCAUGCAAAUGAGCACGUUCCUGUACAUCCCGCCAUGUUCUGCAUCGUCGGCUACAAGGCGACGCAAUCGGAUUUCAUUGACGAAGAGGUCACGGAGUUUCCAAAGUCCAAAUUUUCGUCAUGGGCAUGCUCGACCUCGCCCAGUCGAUGCUGCUCUUCUUACCCGGCGGCAAAACGCCGGCGACGCUCACUGUGGUCUUUCUGCAAGCGUCGGUGCCCGCGACCAUGCUCUUUGCCCAGAUCUUACUCAAGGACGAGUACGCCAAGAAUCACAUUCUUGGCGGCAGCAUCAUGAUGGCUGGCAUCCUCGUCGGCCUUCUCCCCGUCUUUUCCAUGGUGCUCAGCGACGUCUACGAAGAGCAAGAGAUGGCGUGGAAUUCGCUGUGCUACCUCUUGGCAGCCAUUCCCGGCGCUCUCUCGGUGCUCUACAAGGAAAGGCGCUCGCGACGCAGCCCAUGGACGUCUACUACCUCAACGCGUGGGUCGCCGUGUAUCAAUUUAUCGGCGGGCUGCUGUUGGCGCCCUUGGCCUUCGACAUCCCGGUGCUGCACCUCGACCAGCGCAUUAGCGGUCUCGAGUGCUUGGUCAACGGCGUCUCCGAGAUCCGCACGGACAAGUGCCACCUCGGGCUCGGUCUCUUGCUUCUUUUUCUCGUCUGCAAAGUGGUGGCCUUCUUCGGUGUCGGCUUUGUACUGCAACACACGAGCGUCUCGGUGCUCUACGGCGGGUACACGGCCGCCUUCCCAAUUGCUUUUGCCCUCCUUGGGUGGUACCAAUCGUCCGGCCAAGCCGACCAAGACGGCGCGCUCUCGUCGGUGUGGUGUGACGUGUUUUCGUGCUCGGUCGUGCUCCUUGGCCUCAUCUUAUACCGACUCAGCCCCGAGCCCGGUAUGGAGGCGACGACCAUGUCGGCGGCCGAGAAGGAAGCGCAGUCACUCUUGCUGGACGAUGCGUCCGACCAUGGCUUGCGAUACACUUAGACAAACACAACAUGCGACGCGUUUCCGU